AUUAUUUUAUUACAAUUUACGAACAAGAAAUCAACGAAGAGCAGCAGAAGUCAGCCAAACUCGAAGAGCACCAUUUCAACAUCCAGCCUGAACCCUGUAGAAAAAACUUCACCUCCCCAUCAAGAUGAAUUGGAUAUCGCAGAUCACGCCGAUUUCUCCAAAUUAAAAUUACUUUUAUCAAAUGAUGUUGAGCAAAAUCCUGGACCUACCUAUCACUGUGAAUGGAAUAAUUGUGGAUUCAUCGGGCUAACAACAACCAGAAUGGGACAACACCUGCGACAACAUGGACGAGAAGAGGAAUGCAAAUGGGCGCAAUGCAAUGGAUUUCAGCGAACGAGCUACGAAGACCUGGAGUUACACAUUAUACACGACCACUUCUUUGAUGACAGAAUCACCUUUCCUUCCCUAGAUGAUUGGCUGGAAUAUCUCCCAGAAAAAAGAAUCGACCCAGAAACCACUGAUUUACGCUUCUGUCCAAAACACCUGAGAAGCAAGCUGAAGUUGUUACUGUUUGAUGAGGACUACCUGGACAUGCCGACAAACAAAUCAUACACAAUGAGCGACCACCUGUGUACACUGGAUUUUGAAAGUUUGAGGCAGAUUUUCCACAGCGUCUUCAUCCAAUCUACUUGUGUCGGCAUGUGCAACUACUUAAUCUGAAGGCUUGGAGGGAAUUGUAGCUCAGUGCUUCAUCCUUUAUGUGGAUAAACAAAAGGGAACCAGAAGGAUCGAUCUAAAGACAUUCUUUUCAUAAAUCUGUUGGUGUCAAACAAUAUAAUUUUGAUUGAUCAGUCUUCUUAGUGCCUGUAGUGAACAGUAUGUAUUGCAUUAUAUGUAGUAUAAUAAUCAAUUAAGUAUUGAUAAAUGUCUUACAAUUAUCGUAUAACCCUUUAUAUCAAGUUUUGUUAUUUAAUUGUAGAACAGCAAAAGAAACAUUUGUGGAUUUUAAAAGAUAAGGCAGAGACUAUGUUAACACUGUAAAUGUUCAACUGGUGAAUUCCAUUAUUUGUUGCAAUAUCUAGAUUUUGAUAAUGUAAGGAAUGAUUUCUGAUUAAAGUAUUACAAUAGGAAUCCAAUCUCUGUUAUGCUUAAAGAUGCACUUUUACUCCCAAAUUAGAUAUUCCACAGUUUAUAUGAUUGUUUUUUAUAUAAAAAAAUAAGAUUCUUAUGAAGGAUACAGAGUUGAAUUUGAAAGAAGGUUGCAGGAAACAUAAAGAUCAUAAUCAAUCUUUUAGCACUCACCAAUCAUUUAAUAUUUUUAAUUUUAGGAAUUAAAUACACAGUUACAAUAUUGUUAUCAGGAAUCAAUAUUUUCCAUAAAUGCAUUAUUUAGUAAGUAGUUAAAGGUUUAUCAGUCGAAAUGUAUGUUUCAUACAUGUGUAUAUUUUGAUUUUGAAUAAGAGUCACUUGAAAGAUUUAGCUAAAAAUGUUAGAAGAAGAAACUGAAAUUGCCCAAUUCUGUACAAAUAAUUAAGGUCAUACAUUCGCUUAUACACAUUUUAUCAAUGUGGAAUGUUAACUUAAAUUGUUUCUUAAGUAUGAUAUAACAAUCUAUAUUGCAUAAGUAAUUGAAGAUAUUGUUAAAUACCACUUGUAUGUGUACAUGCUGGGUACCCCUUGCACAUAAUGAAAGCUAGGUAUGAAUAAUAUACGAUUUUAAAAUAAUUGCAGUAAAAGACGGCAGUAAACUGAAUGGAAGCUGUACACACACUUAUAAGUACACAUUCACGUGCUGUUUCACAACAUCUCAUGUAACUACUGAGAACACAUGUUUACAGUACAUAUAUUACACUGUUUUAUUUGGACUCAUUUUAUAAAAAAAACCCAUUUAAUUCCUGUUUUGUUAUUAUUUGUUAUAAAUCAAAUGCUUGAAGUCAUGUUUUAUGAUCUUAUAAUAAAAUUUUAU